GCCAAGCACGUUACGAAUCCAGGCACAACAGGAACAAGAAUCUCAUGUGCACAAAGAAACUGCGCCAGGGGCCGGUCACAGUCUGCGUUUGCGUCUGGGACUUCGCCUCUCACAGCACCCACGCUGCUCGUCGAUUGCUCGAACUCGUUUUUCUUCGAGUGAAGACAACUGUGGGCACGGUCACCUCCACAGCUAGCCUCCUGCCGAACGUGCGCCCUGACCCGUGCGCAACUAUUGAUUGAAUUCCUCUGCGGAUCGGCUCCUAGAGCGCCGUCGAGCCCGUAGGGCCGUGUCAUCCCUAUGAGCUCGGUUGUCUAUUAGCCUAUCCGGCACUCGAUCUUUGCUAGUAGUGCAACACCGGACAUUCCUCUGCGUCGAGGCUGUUGUGGAGUCUCCAGCCAUUUCUUCCGACCCCUGCCUUGCAGCAUGGGUAGAGCCACCAUUCUGAUACUCACAUCGUCAACAGGACCGACGAGUGACCCUGCCCGCUGAAGGAAUCAUCAGAUGUCUAUUAUGAGUCCCCUGCAAAUGCCGCGGACUGUGGUGCUGGUGGGUUCGUCAUCAAUACAACGACGAUCUUUGGGGCACACCAUGUCUCCAGAGAGUUCGAGUGAAGGAAAGGUAUGUUAUAUCCAUCAUGCCCGACACUCGUGAUUGAAUCAGGUCGAGUUGUCACCCUUUUGGCUUCAAGUUCCUCACUUUUUCGUUUCUUUGAGCGCUGGCUGCGUGACCUUCGACGAAACCCUCUUUGAUUGAACGGACGGGCUGGUCUUGUCUUUGUCUGCCGCGCUUCGGACGCGGCCAUACUCCUUUGUGGUUUGACACCCUACAAUACAACACCUACCAAACCAUGAUUCCGAGCGCACUUUUACUCGCUGCCCUGGCACCUAUCGUGAUGGCCGCGGAGCCGUCUCACUCUGGCAACUCGACAAGUUCGAGUUCGGGCGGUUCAUCGCCUCACCAGAACGAUGCCACCACACGCCAUCUGGAGAUGCUCAACAAGACGUUGGGCUACAACUAUCUCUGGUCUCUACUCGGAGUCACGGCGCUGCUCUUGGCUUUCAUGACGGCCAUGCGCAUCAAUGCUCAUAUCCGACAUCUGGCGUCAAUGGGUGGAUCUGGAUCCCUACGAUACUAUUCUACAGCCUCGCCGCUCAUGUCCUCCAUCAAGAGCAACCUUCUAUAUGCUCCCAUGUUGCACUACCGGCGGGCACGCGAACUGAAAUUGUCGAAGCAUGUCAACUUCGGCACCGUGCCUACACGCUUUCAAGCAAUCUUCAUUUUCCUCGUUAUCACCACCAAUGUUUUCGCAAGCACCUGGAACGUUCCCUGGUCGGAUCCCGAGCUCCAGGUGCUGCCGAUUUUGCGCAACCGGACCGGUACUUUGUCGGUGGUGAACCUCAUCCCAAUUAUGGUUAUGGCAACCAUAAAAAAUCCUCUGAUCACUCUACUCGAUAUAUCAUAUGACACGUUCAAUCUGAUGCACCGCUGGUUCGGCCGGAUCGCCGUGCUCGAAGCCAUUGCUCACACGCUAUGCUGGCUCAUUGCCAAGGUCCAAUCCAAAGGCUGGGACGCUGUGAAAGAGGCGAUGCACAGCCCGUUCAUCUACGGUGGCUUGAUCGCCACGAUAGCAUUCACCGUGAUCCUGCUGCAGAGCCCCAAAGUGUUUCGAAGCUUAUCCUAUGAGUUCUUCUUACACUUCCACUUCGUGCUGGCCCUUCUUGUUGUGGUGUUUCUCUACAGACACCUGCACCUGAGCAAUCUUCCACAAGAAUCUCUAUUGUGGGGAGCCGUUGCCAUCUGGGCCGCUGGCAGGGUCCUCAGACUGGGCACGUUACUCUACCGGAGCAUCGGAAGGGGAUUCUGCACAGCAAGCGUCGAGCCCCUGCCAGGCGGGACAGUCAAGAUCACCAUCACGACGCCACGACCCUGGGUCUACAGACCCGGUCAAUCAUUAUACCUUACCCUCCCUGCCCUCGGUCUCUGGACUGCCCAUCCCUUCUCCGUGGCCUGGUCAGGAUACGAGCGGGAGAGGGAGCGGCUCACCCGAUCUGAUUCCACGCGGUCCGAAUAUAACGAAAAGAAACCCAUCGUCGUUCGCGCGGGGACGCUGCCAGAAGUCGAAGUUUCCGGACAACAUACCGUUUCCCUCAUUGUGAAAAAGCACACAGGUUUAACGCAAAAACUAUGGCACCAUGCGCGGAACGCGGAAACAGGAGGGUCGUCUCUUUCCGCCUUCAUCGAGGGGCCCUAUGGGCGAGAAUCAAGCCUGUCUAGUUAUGGGACAGUCCUGCUUUUCGCAUCCGGGGUCGGCAUCACGCACCAGCUCGGCUUCGUUCGACAGCUCGUCCAGGGAUACCGAGAGGGAACUGUGGCCGCCAAAAGAAUCGUCUUGGUCUGGGUGAUCCCGACCAGAGACUGUCUCGACUGGAUCAGUUCGUGGAUGCACGAGAUUCUCAACAUGGAAGGGCGUCGUGAAGUUCUCAAGAUCUUGCUGUAUAUCACACGCGCGGGUCUAAGUCAGGCGGUGAGAAGUCCGUCCGAAAUGGUCCAGAUGUUCAAGGGCAGACCGGUCGUUGAGGACAUUAUUGCCCAUGAAAGUGCGCGUAAACUCGGCUGUGUCGGUGUCAGUGUUUGUGCUGGUGGAGGGUUGGCUGAUGAGGUUAGGAGGGCUUCGAGGAGAAUGCUUGACAGGGGUGCGAAUUUGGAUUUCUUCGAGGAAGGGUUUGGAUGGUGAGAGAAGGAAGAGCAGAAGCAAAGCAGUGCAAAGUAAAAGAGCGUUUGGUACGAUAUGGUAUAGUUAUACACGCAAGGCAAGGCGAACUCGACCGAAUACCAUGUCAGGGCCAUAUCGAGGUGAGGUACACGAGCGAGGAAAAAUAGUUUACCUGGCCCCGGCAAGCAAGCAAGCAGGCAGGCAGGCAAGCAAUGCAGAUGUGUUUAUCUUUUGUCACAGUAUAUCUCUAUUUGACUACAAUGAUCCUCUGUCUUCUGGACUAGACUGAAGGCCAACGCUGUUAUUAGUUUCAUACUGACUACUAGGUACCCAGGUACCCCCCU